AUGGAUCACUUCUACUCAUCAGCAUCAUCGAUUCAAUACAUUAUGGAUAUCAAGAAUAACUUCCCUCCAGCACUUAUCAAUAUGAUCAAAGAUGGUGCAUAUAAUCACUCUGGCACUAUAAUAUCCACGGGCGAUCGACAACUGAUUGAACAACUGUUGUUCAAUGAUGGCCAGCUCUACAAGCCAAGCCACUACGAUCGAGCAAUUAACGAAGAUGAGUUGCUGCCGAAUGCGCCACCAGCUGAACAACUGGCACAUAUUGAGAUGAUGUUUAGACAGGAACCAAGUGACGACGGUGUGACUUUGGAAGAGCGAUCACUCAAACAUCUAGAGUCGUCCAAGUCGAAAGCUUUUUCAAUACUGUCACAGUAUAGUAGUUUGGCAACAACAACAACUCAUUCAUCUCAAGUUGGAGACUGCAUUGGAGAUGAACAAAGGAUGGUGUUUUUGAAGCUUGGCGAACGCAGGUUCUACGGCGAGAUGAAAUCACGUGAAGUGAUCAUCAAGUACUUGAUACCUCAAUAUGUACUCACUGGAGACUGCAUGCUCAUACCAUACAUCAUUGAAAGAUCAGGCCGUGGAUGCAACAGCAAUCAUGUGUCGAAUUUGAUCAAGCAGAUCAUCAGACAUGGCAACAUCUAUCAGAUCAUUGUGGCACAUGAAGUUUUGGAAGAGAGCGAUGUCCCUGAAUUUAGAAUGGAUUUCUUUAAUGGUGAUAUAUACAACUCAUUCCUCGAAGCGGAUGACGUAUCAAACAGUUUGGAGGUGAUCAAGUAUCUAAACUCCAAGAAUGUUGUUCAGAGAUUGAAUACGAUCACGAUCAAUCCCUGUGUGCUUAACGACCAGCAGUUGAAGUUUAUGAUGUCCGAUGACAACAAGAUCUUUGAAAUCUGUCAAUUUAGACAUCGGUUGUUGUUGUUGGAAGCUCAUCAUAUUGAUUAUGUGCUCCAGGUCAAGCCAUCAUUCUUCCAACCAUUGUCCCCCAAUUCCGGACAAUAUCUCAUUGAUAGAAUGUUCGAAGAGUUGAACAUUAUUAUCUUCUCAUUGGAGGAUAUUCACAUGCAUUGA